GACAAGGGGGCGGGACUUCCGCAGAAAGCAAGAUUGGGCCUAUCCGCGAUGAGAACGGCGUGGAGGCGCAAUUAAGGCUGGAACUGGAGAGGGAGGGGUCUGCGGUCAGUCGGACGCGGCGCUGGAAAUCCGGCGGAGGGCCUAGAAGUAGCGGGAGCGAUCUGUGGGCGGGGCGAACGGCCUGCCGGCCGAUGGCUCCCACAUCAGGACGAGAAGGAGCCCGCGAGUUACCGUGGGAGCUGUGGGAGCUGCCCUGUGACUGUUAGGAAGAUGCCGUACCUUGGCUCCGAGGACGUGGUGAAGGAGCUGAAGAAGGCUCUGUGCAAUCCUCACAUUCAAGCUGAUAGGCUGCGCUACCGGAAUGUCAUCCAGCGAGUGAUUAGGUACAUGACUCAAGGCUUGGACAUGUCUGGUGUUUUUAUGGAAAUGGUGAAGGCCAGUGCCACUGUAGAUAUUGUCCAGAAGAAGUUGGUUUAUCUGUACAUGUGCACAUAUGCUCCCCUGAAACCAGAUCUGGCUCUCCUGGCCAUCAAUACGCUGUGCAAAGACUGCUCAGACCCCAAUCCAAUGGUGCGAGGGCUGGCGUUACGGAGCAUGUGUAGCCUCAGGAUGCCUGGUGUGCAGGAGUAUAUACAACAGCCUAUUCUCAAUGGUCUGCGGGAUAAGGCUUCAUAUGUCAGGAGAGUGGCAGUCCUUGGAUGUGCCAAGAUGCAUAAUCUUCAUGGAGACUCUGAAGUAGAUGGUGCCCUGGUAAAUGAAUUAUACAGUUUGCUGCGUGACCAGGAUCCAAUUGUAGUUGUGAACUGCUUGAGGUCUCUAGAGGAAAUUCUGAAACAGGAAGGAGGCGUUGUCAUCAAUAAGCCCAUUGCUCACCAUCUCUUAAAUCGAAUGUCAAAACUGGACCAAUGGGGCCAGGCUGAAGUAUUGAACUUUCUGCUACGCUACCAACCCCGCAGUGAGGAAGAACUAUUUGACAUUCUCAAUCUGUUGGAUAGUUUCCUCAAGAGCAGUAGCCCAGGUGUGGUGAUGGGAGCUACCAAACUUUUUCUGAUCUUGGCAAAAAAGUUUCCCCACGUACAAACUGAUGUCCUUGUGCGGGUCAAGGGACCUUUGCUAGCUGCCUGUUCUUCAGAGAGCCGUGAGCUCUGUUUUGUUGCUCUUUGUCAUGUACGCCAGAUCUUGCAUAGUUUACCAGGUCACUUUAGCAGCCAAUACAAAAAGUUUUUUUGCUCCUACUCGGAGCCCCACUACAUCAAACUACAGAAAGUGGAGGUGCUGUGUGAGCUGGUGAACGAUGAGAAUGUGCAGCAGGUGCUAGAGGAGCUUCGAGGGUACUGCACGGAUGUGUCUGCGGACUUUGCACAGGCUGCCAUCUUUGCCAUAGGUGGCAUUGCCAGGACUUACACAGAUCAAUGUGUUCAGAUUUUAACAGAGUUGCUGGGUCUUCGACAAGAGCACAUCACCACAGUGGUGGUGCAGACUUUCCGAGACCUGGUUUGGUUGUGUCCUCAGUGUACUGAAGCUGUGUGUCAGGCCCUGCCCGGCUGUGAAGAGAACAUUCAAGAUAGUGAGGGGAAGCAAGCACUUAUUUGGCUACUUGGUGUCCAUGGGGAAAGAAUUCCUAAUGCUCCUUAUGUGUUAGAGGACUUUGUUGAGAAUGUGAAGUCGGAAACAUUUCCAGCUGUUAAGAUGGAGCUGCUCACUGCUUUGCUGCGCCUUUUCCUCUCCCGACCUGCUGAGUGCCAGGACAUGCUAGGACGUUUGUUGUAUUACUGCAUAGAGGAAGAAAAAGAUAUGGCUGUACGGGACCGAGGUCUCUUCUAUUAUCGCCUCCUCUUAGUUGGCAUUGAUGAAGUUAAGCGGAUUCUGUGUAGCCCUAAAUCUGACCCUACUCUUGGACUUUUGGAGGAUCCGGCAGAAAGACCUGUGAAUAGCUGGGCCUCAGACUUCAACACACUGGUGCCAGUGUAUGGCAAAGCCCACUGGGCAACUAUCUCUAAAUGCCAGGGGGCAGAGCGUUGUGGCCCAGAGCUUCCUAAAACUUCAUCCUUUGCCGCAUCAGGACCCUUGAUUCCUGAAGAGAACAAGGAGAGGGUACAAGAACUCCCUGAUUCUGGAGCCCUCAUGCUAGUCCCCAAUCACCAGCUUACUGCUGAUUAUUUUGAGAAAACUUGGCUUAGCCUCAAAGUUGCUCAUCAGCAAGUGUUGCCUUGGCGGGGAGAAUUCCAACCUGACACCCUCCAGAUGGCUCUUCAAGUAGUAAACAUCCAGACCAUCGCAAUGAGUAGGGCUGGGUCUCGGCCAUGGAAAGCAUACCUCAGUGCUCAGGAUGAUACUGGCUGUCUGUUCUUAACAGAACUGCUAUUGGAGCCUGGAAACUCAGAAAUGCAGAUCUCUGUGAAACAAAAUGAAGCAAGAACCGAGAUGCUGAAUAGUUUUAUUUCUGUAUUAGAAACUGUGAUUGGAACAAUUGAAGAAAUAAAAUCAUAACAGAG